AUGUCAGAAUCUGUCGCCGUCUCCGUCUUUAUUCAGUACUCACCCACCAUGUGGGGGAAUAUACUCGAAUGGGACAUCCUCUCAAUCCUUAGAGAUGCAGGAUUCGAAGUUAUUCAUGUAGGUCGUAGGGGAGAUGGUGGAGUCGAUAUUAUUGCCAGAAUUAAAGGUAAAAAAUUUUCAUUUCAAUGUAAAAAUUGGAGUAACAAAAUAGAAGUUGUAAGAGCCCUAAGAGGAGUAACUUGCUUAGAAAAAGGUGUAGUGGGGAUUGUUGUUGGAAAUGAAUUUUCUCCCGGUGCGAUUAAAGAAGCAAAUCUAUCUCAAAUUCAUUCA